AUGGCUUCCCUCUUCCCUUCAGAACAUCAUUCAGGUGCUGGGCCUCGACGCCAGGAUAUCGUCUCGAACCGCAAAAUAUUCUCGGAGCAGAUGGGUUCCAGCGCCGGUAAUCCUCCCUUAUGCGACGGUCCGCCUAGCACGCAACGUCUGUCAUCUGAAUGUGCGCAGGCUGAAAACUUACUAUCCGGCGAAAAAGCAGGUUACCAGAGUGGCAGAGUCUCUUCUAACACCGUAAGCUGUGCCUGGGCUAAACGGAACAUUUAUUGCCUUAGGUUCGUUGGAGCCAGGAACGAGAUAGAUAUACGAGGCCGCGUUAUUCACUUUCGGCAAUUCUGUGGCUUUGCUCUUGGUCUCAGGAACGCAAUCCAUUUGCCAUCUGGAGAAAUCGUAUAG